CUAUACAAAGUGUACAGACUGGUUCGCAAUGUCCGCAACUCCUCUGGCGCAGUCGAAGGCAUUCUUGCAGCUGCAACAGCUUACACCAUCUCCACUUUGAUCGUCAACUUCUGCCUUAAAGGCGGCGCACCCAAGUUCCUUCGCUGGCUACUUAUCGUCCUCGAUCUGCUCUUUGUUGGCGGUUUCAUCGCCGUCGCUGUCUUGACCAGACCCCACGGAGGCCUCAGCAGUCUUUGUGCUACACCCAACGCACGCAACGAUCCCAACAAUCGCAACAAUGCCUUGUGUAACCUACCGCUGGCAACCUUUGGUCUUGCUAUUUUCAGCACUCUUCUCCACGCUAUCACUGCCAUCUUCCACGAAGUCCGUGAUCACCACAAGAACAAGAAGUCUAUGCUGGCAGAAGAGGAGAUGAAGCGCUCGGAGGAUGGUCUGCACGAUUAA